AUGUCAUCCACCAGGGCAGCUCAAGUCGAAGAAUACGGCUGGACAGCUGUAUCCUGCGACCCUCAGCAGCGAGCUGCUACAAGACCACCUAGCAAGCCUCCCGUUCCCCAGUUAGUCAAAGAAACACCUCUUCCCGAUACCACUCUGGUCAAAGAUGCCAUGGAAUAUGUCAAGGCAGAGCUACCCGCCCACACCUUCAACCACAGCAUGCGUGUCUACUAUUACGGUCUUGCAAUCGCCAGACAACACUUCCCAGAAUGGAAGUUCAGCGACGAAACCUGGCUCCUCACCUGCCUCUUCCACGACAUCGGCACCAUCGACAAGUACACCCAAGACGUCUUCAUGUCCUUCGACAUCUACGGUGGGAUUGUCGCGUUGAACGUCCUGAAAGAGAAGGGUGCCCCAGCACCCCAAGCCGAGAGUGUCGCAGAGGCCGUCAUCCGUCAUCAGGAUCCGGUCAAAGUUGGGACUAUUCAUUCUAUUGGCUUGCUUAUUCAGCUCGCUACGCAGUUUGAUAACCUUGGCGCUCACAAGGAGUAUGUUCACUCUGAUACGGUGGAGGAUGUGAAUCAGCAUUAUCCCCGUCGUCAGUGGUCGAAGUGCUUUUCGAGUAAGUUGAGGGAGGAAAUUGGGCUCAAGCCUUGGUGCCAUACUACUGCUGAGGGAGAGGGCUUUCCGGUUGGGAUUGAAAAUAACACUCUAAUGGAGCCUUAUGAUGGACGGUUUUGA